UUGAUGUCGACGCAAUAAGAAACAUUGAAAAUUUUAGAGUAAGUUAGUCGUGGCUAUCCUAUGUUUCAAAGAAAAACUCCGUAGUUGCAUAUGAAAUUUGCUGAAGUGUGUGCUUCUCUCUAGAAUUAAUAUCAAUCAACUACCAAUGACUGAAUUAGUUGUGUGUCUCAAUCACACACAUGACCCAUCUGGAACAACAACUCGUCAUAAAUAUUAAGUAUCCGAAUUUAUAAACUUGUUAGUUUCUUUAUUUUUAAUUUAUCAUCAAAUGCAAUUCAUCACAACCGACGAUUAUUAAUCAAGAACUGCAACACCAUGAAAGAGCUUAUUCUUCUGCUGUUGAUCCUUUAUUACCCUUUUUGCCACUCACUCGACACCAUAACACUAAACCAUUCAAUUAAAGACGGCGACGUUUUGGUCUCCAGCGAUCGAGGAACAUUCGCACUUGGUUUCUUCACCCUCCACCCAGAUUCCAAAACUCGAUACCUUGGUAUAUGGUACAACAAAAUUUCAGAGCAAACCAUUGUGUGGGUUGCAAACAGAGACACUCCUCUCAACGACAAUUCGUCUGUUCUCUCCAUCAAAAACGGAAACCUCGUACUCCACAGCAACAACAACCUUAACCCCGUUUGGUCUUCCAACGUUUCUACCUCAUUUGUGAAUGCUUCAGCUAAGCUUUUGGACACAGGAAACUUCAUUUUGACUCAUAAUAAUAACGUUGUGUGGCAGAGUUUUGAUUCUCCAAGUAACACUUUACUUCCUUUCAUGAAACUCGGCUUGGACCGUAAAACCGGUUUGAACCGGUUCCUCACAUCGUGGAAAUCCCCAAAUGAUCCAAGAACCGGGAAUUUAACAUACCGGAUCGACCCGACCGGGUUUCCCCAACUAUUUCUCUACAGAAAUAAAAUUCCAAUUUGGAGAACCGGGUCUUGGACGGGUCAAAGGUGGAGUGGUGUACCCGAAAUGACUCCGAUUUUCAUCUUCAAUGUUACUUUUGUGAAUAAUAAAGAUGAAAUUUCGAUAGAGUAUAAUGUGAAGGAUCCGAAUGUGUUGUCUAGAAUGGUUCUGGAAGAACCGGGUCAAGUGAGGAGGCUGACGUGGCAACCUAACGAACAUAGGUGGUUUCAAAUCUGGCACGGUCCGAAAGAGGAAUGUGAUAAUUUUAAACAAUGCGGGUCGAACUCAAAUUGUGACCCGUAUAACGCGGAGAAGUUCGAGUGCGAGUGUUUUCCCGGGUACGAACCGAAAUUCGGGCGAGAGUGGUAUUUGAGAGACGGGUCGGGUGGGUGUGUGAGGAAGGGGAAUGCUUCCAUGUGUAGAAGUGGGGAGGGGUUUGUGAAAGUGGCACGUGUGAAGGUGCCGGAUAGUUCGAAGGCACGUGUGAAUGGAAGUUUGGGUUUGAGAGAAUGUAGAGAGGAAUGUUUGGGGGAUUGUUCUUGUGUGGCUUAUACAAGUGAAAAUGAGAGCAGUGAGAGUGGAUGUGUUACUUGGCAUGGAGAUAUGGAGGAUACGAGAAGUUACACACAACUUGGACAAGAUUUGUACGUACGUGUAGAUAAGCAUGAAUUAGCUAUGUAUGCAAAACACUCCUAUGGUUCUCUUGGCAAAAAGGGAUUGGUGGCAGUUUUAGUCAUUUGUACUUGCUUGGUAUUGUCUAUUGCUAUCAUUUUGAUCUCUUGGUUAGUAAAAGCCAGAAAACAAUGGACGAGAAGAAAGGAUCACAAGUAUUCCUUUCGUCUCACCUUCGAUGACUCUUCUGAUCAACAAGAAUUUGAGAGUACAAACAGUUCAAAUUUACCAUUCUAUGAUCUUAACUCCAUAGCUUCUGCAACAGACAAUUUCUCAAUGGCUAACAAGCUUGGCCAAGGUGGUUUUGGUUCUGUUUAUAAGGGUAUAUUGAGCAACGGAAUGGCGAUUGCGGUGAAGAGACUGUCAAAAUAUUCUGGACAAGGCGUAGAAGAGUUUAAAAACGAGGUUGUUUUGAUUUCAAAACUCCAACACAGAAAUCUUGUGAGGAUCUUAGGUUGUUGCAUUCAAGGAGAAGAGAAGAUGUUAAUCUAUGAGUAUUUGCCUAACAAAAGUUUGGACUUUUUCAUUUUUGAUAAAUCUAAAAGUUCAGAACUAGAUUGGAGAAAGCGAUUCGAUAUUAUUUGUGGUAUUGCUAGAGGGAUCUUAUACCUUCAUCAUGACUCACGAUUAAGAAUCAUUCAUAGAGAUUUAAAGGCCAGUAAUGUCUUGCUAGACAAUGCAUUGAACCCGAAAAUUGCAGAUUUUGGUAUGGCUAGAAUGUUUGGCGGAGAUCAAAUUGAAGCAGUUACUAAUCGUGUCGUUGGAACCUAUGGUUAUAUGUCUCCAGAAUACGCGAUGGAAGGACAAUUUUCAGUAAAAUCUGAUGUAUACAGCUUUGGAGUUUUACUCUUAGAGAUUAUUACCGGAAAAAAGAAUAGUGGUCACCAUGAAGACAUUGCAUCCACAAAUUUAGUGGGACAUAUAUGGGAUCUAUGGAAAGAAGGCACAACCAUGAAGAUUGUUGAUCGAUCAUUAGGCGAGUCAUUCUCUGAGGUUGAAGUCGAAAGAUGCAUCCAAAUCGGGCUUCUAUGUGUACAAGAUUAUGCUGUUGACAGACCAUCUAUGUCAGCUGUCGUUUCCAUGUUGGGUAAUGACUCAACUCUUCCUAUUCCAAAACAACCAGCAUUUAGUUUCAAGAAAAGUAAUUGUGAGAGUUCAAAUCCAUCAACCAGUGAAGGAAUUUACUCAGUAAAUAAUGUAAGUAUGACUAUGAUUGAAGCUCGCUAAAGGCCCAUGCUUCUUGUUUGAUGUUAGUGUGUUGUAACUUACAUUACUCCUUGUAUGUUAAAGCCACAAACAAAUCUUUAGAUACAUAUUUGUACGAAAAAUGUAAAUUCAGUUAAUAUAAUAGUAUACAUUAUAUUACUUUCUUU